AUGGACUUUUCGGUGAAGCUCUUCCAGAAGGCUUUCCCUAGCGACGAUUCUAGCAAUUACAUCAUAAGUCCGCUCAUGGUACAGUCCCUACUGUCGUACCUGUUCGAUGGAGCGUCCAACGCAACGCGACUAGAGAUGGAAUCUGUACUGCAGCUAAACAUGAACGAUCUGCAUGAUAUCGAUCGAGCGUUAAAGCCACAGUCCGGACAGGAGCCGCUUACCAAGAACAAAUUAGACACAGCCUCGCAGAUCUUUAAAUCGACUACGAUUGAGCUACUGCCAGCGUUCCGGGAGUCGCUGAAGCGUAACAAGGUCCCGCUGGAGGAGAUGGACUUUACCAAUCGAAGGUUUGCGGCCGAAACAAUAAACAAUUGGGCGAAGCAGAAGACUCGCGAACGAAUUCUCGAAGUGAUUGACGAACAGUCAAUCGAUACCACGACCAAGCUGCUGUUGAUUAAUGCUCUUUACUUCAACGGCACAUGGAUGUACAAAUUCAACAAAACCGAACGUGGUUCGUUCUACGUGAAUGGACAACCGGCACAGCGUUCGGCAGUCAAGAUGAUGUACCUUACGAAGGAACUGCGUAACGGAAACACCAGAACGGACGAUUCAUCGAACGGUCUGUACUGGAUCGAGCUACCGUACGAUGGCGAUCGCAUGUCGAUGAUACUGAUGCUGCCCAACGAACGUUUCCAACUCGACCGGGAACUACGCCGCUUCAGGGCAACACAUUUGCAAACCAUCCUGAGCGAGAUCGAGCUGGACGAAACGAGCAAAGUGCGAGUUCAGCUGCCAGAAUUCAAAGCGGAAAGUACGGUCUCACUGGUGGAACCACUCAAGAAGCUGGGUAUUGCAAGCAUGUUUGGCGAUCGUCAACCUUUCGAUCAGCUAUCGAACGAUGAUGUGAAAAUAUCCGACGUCAAGCAGAAAUCCUUUUUGACCGUUAAUCCGCACGGGACUGUGGCAACAAGCGUUACCACCGCGACCGUUAUUCCACUCAGCAUUACACACACGCUGGACUUUAGAGCGGACCAACCGUUUGCACUGAUCAUCGUGGACAAACAGAAUAAAUUGCCAUUGUUUUUCGCCAAAAUUAGUCAACCCUUAAAGAUAAAAAAUCAAUAA